UUAUGAUUAUGAUGCUAAUAAACUGAUUUCUCCUUUAAAAUAUACAAUGUGGUACGCCGCUUUAUUACGGUUUAUCCGACGGCGACUAGUAUUGGGUAUAAUAUUUGCGUCUUCCUUAACUUAUUGUAUUGUUAGUUUUCUUAAAGAGGGAAAUGGCAGGCAUGUGGUGUAUCAAGAUAUAUCCAUAGAAAGAAAACCCUUUGUAUGGAGAACAUUACAGGAGCAUAAUGAAACAUAUGAAAUCACCUGUAGAAACUCUCUCCAAGGCAAAUCCAUUUUAGUAGAUGAUCGAGGCUAUGUCUGUGAGAGGGAAGAUGUAGCAAAGAAUGGUUGCUGCAACAUUGAUAGUGAGCACACUACACGGUACAGCUGUAAUUCGUGUAAUGAAAGCAGCUGUUGUAUUAUGUUUGAAUACUGUGUGUCUUGCUGUAUAGAUCCUACUAAGAGGAGUAUGCUUGAGAUUGUGCUUUCCAAGCUCUCAGCAGAUGAGAAAGUUUUGUUUCAUUCGAUAAGUGAUGAUUAUGAAUUGUGUAUGACAAAGUGCCGCACAAGUUCCCAUAGUGUUUUACAUGAAAAUUCUUAUAAAAAUUCAGCACAUAAAUAUUGUUUUGGUAAUUCAGUUUUAGAAAAAAAACCUCCUGAUUAGCGAUUACUUUAUUGGUUACUACGACAGUUAAAUGUUGAACAAGUUGACUAAGAAACGAAUUGAACAACGAUAUUUUGAGUUUGAAAACAUCUAAAGUCAGGUCAAGAUAUAUAAAAUAAUUACAAUUAAUGAAAUGUGUAAGAGUAUCAAAAUUUAUUGCCCUUAACUUUAAUUGGUAAAUUUUAAGCUAUGUGACUAUUUUUGACAAAAAUACCUAUAUAUAUAAGUUUUAUAGUCAUCUCAAAAGAGUCUUGUAGCUAAAACUUAAUUAUGUACUAAUAAUUGUUGAAGAGGAUUUUUUUUAUCCAAUUUUAACUAGUAUAAUUACAAUGCAUUUAUCUUUUUUGUAUAAUAAAUAUUCUAUUUGUAUACUGCAUCUCAUAUAAUAUAAAAAUUUUCACAGCAAGGUAAUGUCAUACUUUAAUGAAAAAUAAAGUUCCAAUAUAUUACUUAUGCCAACAAUAACUUCUUAAGAUGAGUAAAAAGCCAUUCCUUUUUAAACAAUGUAUAACACCAAGUUUUCUUGUGUUUAUAAAUUGUAGGUUUUUUCUUUUUUUUUUUAUACCGCUUAUUUUAAAUAUAACUGAAACACUUA